GUAAAAUUUAAAGGUUUUCAUUGUUAGUGAGACGAUUCCGUGUCUCGGGAGCGCACGCGCUUGGCACACGCCUUAGAGGUGCAGGAAUAUUGUAGACUUUUUUCUUGGGCUUCCAUCCAACGAUGGCGCAGUCCUCGGGAACUGCUCACACCGUUAACCUUCUGCCUGUAGCGGCGUUUGCAAACGGGAAUAGUAUCACACUGAUCCCUGUUACCACCAUCACGACAUGUACUUCGCCGGAAAAAUUAACGCAGCAACAAAACAACUAUCUUUUGCUGACGACUUCGCCUUCGGCAGCAGGUGCGACAUUUACGACCUCCAAUGCUUCAAAUCUAACCCCAACCCCUCCACUGAGACCCAUGAAAAAAAUUGAGCCAGCGUCACCCGGCGGAAACAGCCAAACAUCAAGCCUGCGCUGUAAGAGAAGAUUAGACUUUUCAAAAUUCGGGCUAGAAAAACCUCGUCCAGCCGCGGUCGCGCGGAGGAAUCAACGUGAAAGAAAUAGGGUCCGUCUCAUCAACCACUGUUUUCACACAUUAAGAGACCAUGUUCCUAAUAGUGUAAAAAAUAAGAAACUGAGCAAAGUUGAGACACUAAGAUCGGCUGCAGAAUACAUCAAGCAGUUACAAGACCUAUUAGAUGAAAAUGAUGCAGUGAAUGCGGCGUUCAGUCAAGGGCACGCGUCGGUCUCAAGCUGCCAUUCGCCCGGCUCGUCACAAGAAAGUCGCUCGCCCGCACCAAGUGAGACAUCCGACUCGGAGGCCCACUUCAGUCCCGAAGAAGAAGAUUUAUUAGACUUCGCAAGCUGGUUCGAAUAAAUUGAUUAGAUCAAAGUGCUUAAGAAGAGUCAUGUGAAACUCAACAAUACAACGAUUCUCUGAUGCCAUGCUGCCUGGGUCUUUCUCUUCCUGUGGAAGAAAACACCUAAAGCCUGAUUACUGCCAAAACGAAGCGGACGCCGGCGCACGCGAAAAAAAAAUUAUCGAACUUAUGCAAGCAACUGCCAAUUUUAAUUAUCAUAUGAACUGAUGAGACAUGCAUUGUGUGUGAAAAAUACGAGCUUUAUGAAGGACUUAUCGGUUUUGUAAAUAUUUAAAGAAAAUAAGUUCUACUGAUAGCUGAAAAUUGCGAGAAGUACUUGGUUGUGAUAAGAAGUUGUGAUAUAUGUACUGAAAUUGCUUCCUUAGACACGCGCUUUUGUAUGUCUUCCAAUUUGCUUCCAAUCUCUGCAGGCAGACGACACUUGAACGGCGCUAAAAACUUACCUUUUCUCUACUUACAUCGUUUGUCUUCCAUGCUAAUUAUUCACAAGAAUUUUCACGAAUUUCACACCUUGAUUUGAGACAGGUUGUACUUACGACGUAGAGGGCGAACAAACUGCGGAUAUAUGCUAUUUUAUAUAAAGCAAACUAUUUUAGCUAAGAAAAUUGAAUCUUGUAAUUUUGUAAAUAUGUCUGAUUUUCUAUAUUUAUAAGCUUGUUAUAUCUAUAUUUCUAAACAUAUGCAAUCGAUUACCAGCGAAUUAA